AGUCAGCUAGGAGGCACCAAACUGUUAGCGACGAAAACGCAGCUCUUGGUGACUUCCACUACCCUCCCACCCCCCACUCCAGGCAUAUUUUGGAGGCGGCAGCAGCGGUGGCAGGAUGUGAGGCGAGCCUGGAGCUCACUUCCCGGGCGCCCCUCCCUCUUCGGAGCUAGGGGAGACGUUUGGGCUUUUGCGCACUGGCCGGAGGGUUCCCGUGAAAGGCUGGAGCAGUAAACAGGCGGGAGGGAGGUGGGCAGGCAGAGUUUGCACCUGCCGCCUGCGCUUCUGUCAGGGUGAGGGGGCAGCCGGUGGGUCUGCCGCCUGCCUUCCGGAGCGGGUGUGCCUCACAAGGGGCGCGAGGGCCACAGGCUGAGGCGCCCGCGCCCCGGUGUGCACCGCUUGGCCGAGGGAAGGUGCGGCUGGAGAAAGGCUGCUCUGAAACGAAGUCGCGCAGAAGGAAGAGUCUGGGAGGCAGGCGACUUAGGAGAAGCUAGUCACUGAUUCAAGAGGCGGCACCUGCCAUUCUAACUAAGGAGCUGAGUGAUUUUUAGGAAUCUUCCGUAACCUCUCCCUCUCCGGCUCCCCCCAAAGUCCUCAGAAGCUCCGCUGAACUCUAGGAAUCUUCCCUGAUCGGGGGGGAAGUUUCCUGGCAUCCUCUUUGGCUAAGACAGGGGGUGGAGGAAACAGACGGGGCUGUUCUGUUCGUUCCUUGGGGACACAAGGUCUUCCUCACGCUUUCUCCAGCCCCGCUCGUUUUGGGGUAGCCUGUCCGACCGUCCGGGAAGUCCGAGCCCGCGCUCUCCGGAUCCCGGCUCGCCAUCUCGCCCUGGACGUGGAACUACACUCCUGAGACCUGCUGGACGUUUUGUUGGCUGUUUGGCGAAACUCAGCUGCCAAGGAAAGUGAACGAUGAAGCUGCCAUUUCUUUUGGCCCUUGUGGUCUGUUCUGUAGUCAGCACAAAUUUGAAGAUGGUGUCAAAGAGAAAUUCUGUGGAUGGCUGCAUUGACUGGUCAGUGGAUCUCAAGACAUACAUGGCUUUGGUGGGUGAACCAGUCCGAGUGAAAUGUGCCCUUUUCUACAGUUAUAUUCGUACCAACUAUAGCAUGGCCCAGAGCACUGGGCUCAGGCUUAUGUGGUACAAAAACAAAGGUGAUUUGGAAGAGCCCAUCAUCUUUUCAGAGGUCAGGAUGAGCAAAGAGGAAGAUUCAAUAUGGUUUCACUCAGCUGAAGCACAAGACAGUGGAUUCUACACUUGUGUUUUAAGAAACUCGACAUAUUGCAUGAAGGUGUCAAUGUCCUUGACUGUUGCAGAGAAUGAAUCAGGCCUGUGCUACAACAGCAGGAUCCGCUAUUUAGAAAAAUCUGAAGUCACAAAAAGAAAGGAGAUCUCCUGCCCAGACAUGGAUGACUUUAAAAAGUCCAAUCAGGAGCCUGAUGUUGUAUGGUAUAAGGAAUGCAAGCCAAAAAUGUGGAGAAGCAUAAUAAUACAGAAAGGAAAUGCUCUUCUUAUUCAGGAAGUUCAAGAAGAAGAUGGAGGAAAUUACACAUGUGAACUUAAAUAUGAAGGAAAACUUGUAAGACGAACAACUGAAUUGAAAGUUACAGCUUUACUCACAGACAAGCCUCCCAAGCCAUUGUUCCCCAUGGAGAAUCAGCCAAGUGUUAUAGAUGUCCAGCUGGGUAAGCCUCUGAACAUCCCUUGCAAAGCAUUCUUCGGAUUCAGUGGAGAGUCCGGGCCAAUGAUCUACUGGAUGAAAGGGGAGAAAUUUAUUGAAGAACUGGCAGGUCACAUUAGAGAAGGUGAAAUAAGGCUCCUCAAAGAGCAUCUUGGAGAAAAAGAAGUUGAGCUGGCACUCAUCUUUGAUUCAGUGGUGGAAGCUGACCUGGCGAAUUAUACCUGCCAUGUAGAAAACCGAAAUGGACGGAAACAUGCCAGUGUUCUGCUGCGUAAAAAGGAUUUAAUCUACAAAAUUGAACUUGCAGGAGGCCUGGGGGCAAUCUUCCUCCUUGUCAUACUGCUAGUAGUCAUCUACAAAUGCUACAACAUUGAAUUGAUGCUGUUCUACCGACAGCGUUUUGGAGGUGAUGAAACUACUGAUGACAACAAGGAAUAUGAUGCCUAUCUCUCUUACACAAAAGUGGAUCAAGAUACUUUAGACUGUGACAAUCCUGAAGAAGAGCAGUUUGCUCUUGAAAUACUGCCAGAUGUCUUAGAAAAACACUAUGGAUAUAAACUCUUCAUCCCAGAAAGGGACCUGAUUCCGAGUGGAACAUACAUUGAAGAUCUCACAAGAUGUGUUGAGCAAAGCAGAAGACUUAUUAUCGUGCUAACUCCUGACUAUAUUCUCAGACGGGGAUGGAGUAUUUUCGAACUGGAAAGCAGACUCCAUAACAUGCUAGUCAGUGGAGAAAUCAAAGUGAUUUUGAUUGAGUGUACAGAAUUAAAAGGGAAGGUGAAUUGCCAGGAAGUGGAAUCAUUAAAGCGCAGCAUCAAACUUCUGUCCCUGAUCAAGUGGAAGGGACCCAAAAGCAGCAAAUUAAAUUCUAAAUUUUGGAAGCACUUAGUAUAUGAGAUGCCCAUCAAGAAGAGAGAAAUGCUAUCUCGAUGCCAUGUUCUGGACUCUGCAGAACAAGGACUUUUUGGAGAACUCCAGCCUAUACCCUCUAUUGCCAUGACCAGUACCUCGGCCACUCUGGCGUCAUCUCAAGCUGAUCUCCCUGAUUUCCAUCACUCAGAUUCAAUGGAAAUGAGGCACUGUUGCAGAGGGUAUAAACACGACAUGCCGACUACCACCUUGCCAGUACCUUCCUUAGACAACCACCACACUUAUUGUAACCUGCCUCUGACGCUACUCAACGGACAGCUGCCCCUUAAUAAUGCCCUGAAAGAUACCCCGGAAUUUCAUAGGAACAGUUCUCUGCUACCUUUAUCAUCCAAAGAGCUUAGCUUCACCAGCGAUAUUUGGUAGUGAAAAAUCUGAAUUCCCUGAACAGCUAUACGAGCAUAAGGGAUUUCCGCUAUACCAAGCAUAAAGUACACCUAAUAACAGUGAGGUGCUGAAAAAGUGUUUGAAGAAAAAGGCACAGAAAUUGCUUUAGUACUUAAAUAUUUUUGUUUACAUUUCCAGAAUAGUAGGGG